UUGUGUGUGUGUGUGUUUCAGACUAAGUGCCACCAGUACUGGCCACACCCUCCUGAAGUGAGGGAUUAUGGGUACCUGAGGGUCAGCUGCCACUCUGAGGAAUGCAACCUGGCCUAUGUCACACGCCAAUUCACCCUAACACACACACAGCUGGGAGAGGAGCGUUCGGUGACCCACCUGCAGUAUGUAGCAUGGCCAGACCAUGGUGUACCUGAUGACCCCUCAGACUUCCUGCUGUUCAUCACCUCUGUUAGAGAGAGGAGGACAGGAGACACACCACUUAUGGUGCACUGCAGCGCAGGGAUUGGGCGUACAGGUGUUCUCAUUACCAUGGAGACGGCGUUGUCGCUGUUGGAGAGCGGUCGACCUGUGUUCCCUCUGGACAUCAUCAGGACGCUCCGAGACCAGAGGGCCAUGAUGAUCCAGACCACGUGUCAGUUCCGGUUUAUGUGUGAGGCCAUCCUGCGUGUCUACAGAGAGAGAGGAGAGCAUUCUACAGCACCACCCUCAGCACUGCUAACGGACCAUUAACAGGAGGAUGGGGGGACAGCUAGCCCCAGCACUWGGCUAACAGGAGGAUYGGGGGACAGCUAGCCACAAUGCUAGGCUAACAGGAGAAGAGGACUGCUAGCCCCAGCACUAGGCUAACAGGAGAAGAGGACCGCUAGGCUGUAGCCUUAGAGAGCCAUAGCAUUCCACUAGCCUUAAGUGCUCGGCAACAGCUAGCCUUCUGUUGCUACAGCACAUAAUGAGCCAUAGUGCCGAAUGUGCUCAGCU